UAGAUUAACAACGAGUAUUCAUUUUAUCUUGUUUAAUUUUACUUACAAUUUACUUUAACAUUAUGAUAAAAGUGCACUUAUUUAUAACAUUUAAAAUAAUCACAGCUAUUGUUUUAGUGUAAUCAAUUUUUCAUAGUUUAUCGCAUGGCCCAAGAAAUGAUAGAAGAAAUGCAAAGAAGAUGGAAUUAAUAGUAUUUAAAAUCAAUCAGAUAUUAAAUAGACAAUAUAUUUAAAUUGAAAAAAUUUACUUUUUGUCUGUUGUUCACCAUUUAUAAUUUUGGGAAGUUUAUCAGUGCAAAAUUAACCUGAGGUUCUGUAAAUAAUUUCAAACUGCCUAUCGAUAUAACAAAAAGAAAGAAAAAAAAUGUUUAUAACUGAGAGAGACUUAUCAAAUCCCUGAACCAUCCAGAAUUCCUUUAUACUUAUUGAGUCAUCCCGAAUAGCCACCAAUUAUUCAUCACACUCGACUUCUGUUUAGGGAUGCAGGCCAGUUAUAACUAUCCGUACUCUAAUACCACCCGCAGGAAUACAUUCCAAAGUGCGAAUGUCUGAACUUUUGGGUGAGCUAAAUAGAAUACAACACAGACCAAGGCCACACGUUGGCAGUGUCCCCACAGAAGAUUAUUUGAAUUCAAGAUCACUUGUUAGUUUUGAUGAUGAAACCAAGUUGAUAAGGGCACAGGCGGACAGGCUUAUGAGAUACGUCUAUACCCAAGUCCCACACCGUGAAAAAUAUCAACCUCUUGGAGUUUUGACAACUUACGACCGUUAUUACACCCCUCCAGAUGAUAGAUACUCAAGCCCGAAGUAUUUGACAUAUCACCGUGAUGUCCCAUCAAACGUUUUAAAUUUGUCCUAUUACAAUGAACCGUCAAGAGUUACAAUUGGUCGAGGGCAUUUGGCAUGUGUCUCUUUUGCCGGAGGCCGAGGAUAUCCAAAGAGGAAACACCUUUACAGCGAUGAAAACCGAGAUAUCGGGGAUGAAAUUAAGUUUCGAUCCUAUUACAGUAAAAUAGUGAAUCCAAAACGAACUGCAGAGGCUUUACUCCUUCCUACAGGAUUCGCAUCUCGGCUCCUUCUUACUGAGAGAAAUGUAUACACCCCACGUGAUGAAUCAAAAGCGUUAUUAUUUACUUCGCCUAUCAAGAAAGCAUCGGCAGCUAGUAAAGAAAGAUACAAGGACAAGGAUAAAAGUAACGCGGAUAAAUCAAAGAGGGAAUAUACAAGGAAUACCGAAUAUGAGCCCAUGGUUGAAAGAACCACUGUAAAACAUCAUUACAAAGAAAAAGAAAAUGUACAUAAUGUACCUGAAUUCAAAACAGAGUCGGUUACUAAAAAACAAAGGAAACAAAGUAAAGAAGAUUUUCCUGUUGAAACCGCUGUUGCCAGUAUUAAAUCUAAAUCUCCCGAACCAGUCGAAGAUGUUGAAUUUAGUGCUGAAGUCGUGCCAGAGAGCAAAGAGGAGCCAGAAUCAAAACCUGAAAUACCACUUGAACCUGUCCUCCCUGAAGAAGAACCUAUGAAGGCUUAUGAGCCGGAGCCUCCAAAAGCGACCUUCAAUGAUAGCAAGCCUGAAGAGCAAGAAAUUAUCCAUGAAAGCAUGGAGGAGAGUACAAACAAUGAAGUUACUUCCAAUGAAACAGCAGAAGAAGUUCCUAAGCACCAUGAAGAAGAGGUUACUGAAUCUGCACCACCUCCAGCAGCUGAAGAAGAAAAUUGUAACUUACCACAAGAAGAGCCAGUUGACAAUAAAGAAUCUACACUUGAAACCACUGAAACUGGGCCCCAUGUUGAAGAGGUUCAACCAGAAGUAGAACUGAAAGAAGUUCAACCAGAAGAAUUGGCAGAACAGCCUACUACAGAAAUGCAGCCCUGUGUAGAAGAAGAAGUGUCGCCCCAGGAACCUCAAGACGAAGUGAGCGUCGAGCCGAUGAAUACUGAACAAAGUAACCCACAGUUUGAAGAGAAGACUGAAGAUGUUCUAGUGACUGAAAGCCAGGAAAAUGAGAGUGUGGCAACAGAAGAAAGCCCAAAAGUGGACGAUUCCCAAGCAAAACCUGAUGAAGCGACAAAUGAAAAUGUUGCAGCGGAUGAAAUGGAACCAGCUGAAAUGCUCGAAUCCCAAUCUUUGGAAGAAGUAACCACCCAAGCAGUGAUGUCACCUGAAGAAGAAGAGGAAAAAUUGAAAGUGGUUGAAACAGAAAUGGAAACACAAAGUGAGCAAGUGUUAGAAAUAACAGAAGAACCAAAAAGUGAAGUACUAGAUAAUCCUGUCACAACCAAUACUCUAGACGAUGCUGAGGGCACAGCUGAAAAUGAGCCUGUUAUUGAAGAGCCACCAUCACCCUGUGAAAAUGAAACAGUUGAAACAAACUAAUUUGUUAAAGUGCUUGUUUUUUGAUGUUUUUAAUUUGUCUAAAAUUCGCUUGCAUUAUAAUGUACACAAAAAUAUAACUUGUAUUUUUGUCAUUUCAAAACAUAUCGCUAUUCUUCUAAUAAAAAAAUAAUU